CGGGCUGGGGGAGGAUGGCGAAGGGAAGCUAGCGGAAGCUGAAACCCGGUUGCGGCUUCCGCCUCCAAAGUCUUUCAAAUCACUGGCCUCGGGACGAAAACGCGGGUCGACUUAGAAGAGAGGAGACACUGUCCGGUUGGUUCGGAAGGUCAGAUGGAAAACCCCGCUUUCCUGAGGUCUGGGGCCCCGCGGAAGGAAUAGGAAGUGACGCAUCAGCCACAACAACCUGGUCCAGGAGGCGGCGGCGGGACGGGGAGCAGAUUUUUCUAAUACAAAGAUCCCAGGAAUAAUCUAAUCUUAAAAUUGAACCAAUUAGAAACCAUGAAGAAACAUCUUAAAUAUUUCUAUUAAAAUUAAAAUCAUGGCCUCAUCAGCAAAUCUGGAUGUGGGAGCCCAACUGAUUGUGGAAGAAUGCAGCAACAGCUAUAGUCUAUCCAACAUGACAGAUGUUAAAGUGGAGCCAUUGGACCCAAACCCUGAAGAAGGCCCAGCUCAGAGUGGAGCAAUGGGGAUGAAAUUCAUUUUGCCUAAUAGAUUUGAUAUGAACGUGUGCUCUAGAUUUGUAAAGUCCUUAAAUGAAGAAGAUAGUAAAAAUAUUCAGGAUCAAGUUAACUCCGACCUCGAGGUGGCAUCUGUCCUAUUUAAAGCUGAAUGCAAUAUCCAUACAUCCCCUUCUCCUGGAAUCCAAGUAAGACAUGUCUACACUCCUUCAACAACUAAACAUUUUUCACCCAUUAAGCAGUCAACUACUUUAACAAACAAACACAGAGGAAAUGAGGUAUCGACAACACCUCUGCUAGUGAAUUCCUUAUCUGUUCACCAAUUGGCUGCUCAGGGAGAAAUGCUCUAUUUGGCCACUCGUAUUGAACAAGAAAAUGUAAUCAACCAUACAGAUGAAGAAGGAUUUACUCCUCUAAUGUGGGCCGCUGCUCAUGGACAAAUAGCAGUGGUAGAGUUUCUGCUUCAGAAUGGUGCAGAUCCACAGAUUUUGGGGAAAGGACGAGAAAGUGCCCUGUCAUUGGCGUGUAGUAAGGGAUAUACAGACAUUGUCAAAAUGCUGCUAGAUUGUGGAGUAGAUGUUAAUGAAUAUGAUUGGAAUGGAGGAACACCUUUACUUUAUGCUGUGCAUGGGAAUCAUGUGAAAUGUGUAAAAAUUCUACUAGAAAAUGGAGCAGACCCAACUAUUGAAACAGAUUCUGGAUAUAAUUCUAUGGAUUUAUCUGUUGCUUUGGGCUAUAGAGGUGUUCAACAGGUUAUUGAGGCACAUUUGUUGAGGCUUCUACAAAAUAUCAAGGAAUAGACUUGUCAACAGGAAAUAUUCUGUAAAAACCAUUUGCUUUUUUUUUUAGUCCCAAUAAGUGACAAAGACUUGUUUACUUUUUUAAACUUUACCUCAGUCACAACAUUUACUGAUUUUUAGUAAAUUUUAAUAAAUUUCACUCCAAGUAAUUCACUGGUUUAUAGUAGGCUUGGUGUGGAUGUUUUCUUUAAAAUUGUAUUUUACUGUGUAUUUAAAAAUGUAAAUUAAUGUUCUGUCGCAUGUAAACAUUUGUGGUCAGCAUAGUUAUAUAAGUCUUCAUAUCAAGUGUAGUAGUUUUAUGUUUCCAGAAUUUAUUCAAAACAAUCCUCUCUUCUCUCUUGCAUUCACCUAUUGACUUUAUAUGUAGAAUUUAGGUGAAUUCCCACAGAAAACCAAUGUUGUUGUUAAAGUUUUUUAAAAGUGCACAAAGUGUGAUUGUUUACAGAAUGCUGUUCACUUAUAAAUGACUUGUCUGUCUGCAUAGCUGUCCUUGAAAAUUCAGGAUAUAUUUUGAAAUUUCUUUAGGGUUUCAGUUUAAAUUGUUCUAUUAGUGAUUUUAAAUAUUUAUAAACACUCUUGUUUUAGAUGAACCUGAAUAUAAUUAAGGUAAAUUUAAUAUAUACUCUAAUAUUCAAAUGGGUCUUGGAUCUUAUCAAUCUGGAUGUUUACUCCAUUAAUGCAAUUGCAGUCUCUCCAUGUCUGCUUUGUAACUCUUGUUUAUGUCCUCCCAUAAGUUCAUUUCAGGGGUUCCACUCAAUGUGCUAAAGUCAUUCCUCAUUUUUUCCUGCCAUCAUGAGUGUAUCAGUGGAGCCCUCAGGCUCUCUACCUGUCAUCCUUUGCCCUUGCCAUGUGACUAGCUCAUCUUCUCUUCUGUCAUACAUUUCUCCAGUGGCAGCUCUCAUUCCAGUUCCUCAUAGUUCUUCACUGCUUAUGUGUGGCAGGCAGCCUACUCACUCCCGCCACGUGCCUCUCCAUUGCUCUGUGUGUGAUAUCAUUUCUGCUUCUAUAGAGACUUGUGUUCCAUUUCUCACAGCCCUAAGAUAGCACUGUUAGCAUAUUGAUCUUAAAAACAUGAGCCUUUAUUUCUGGAGAAAAUUUGGGAGCUUUCCAAUCUCCUAAAGGCAAUGCAUCCUGCUCUCUUCUUCCUGCUUGACUCUGGGCCUGGCUCCUCCUUUGUACUCUCUGUCUCAUGUGGACAUACAGUCGGACAAAUUCUAUAUAAUGCACAGAUUAUGACAUGAAGUUGGAUAAGCAAUAGAUAUUCUCUGUCCACUCUUAAAUGGUUAAGAAUCUCUUCAAGGAGGCUCCACUAUGUCCCAGCACUUGAUGCAACCAGCAUGACGUCAUCCGCGGCAGGAGCAUCCACAACACCUCACUGUGCAUAGGGAACCGCUCUUCAACCCAGCCUCCGAACCGGAUCUGCCUCCUCUUGGUGGUGGACGUCUUUGGCAAGCACAUGGCUCCCUGUUUUAUGUCUCACCCAGUGUUUGUGAUCUUUGAGUUACAAUUACUAAAUAAUGUCAUUUCUCA